AUGGAGGCCAACAGCAACAGGAGUAAACAGAACCAUAUCCAGACUCUGAGUGGAAAGAAAGAUAUCAGCACUGAUAAAAGCAAGGGCCCAGCAGAGGAGAAUUCCUCAGAGAGAGAAGACUGUAAUAAUGGCGAACCCCCCAGGAAGAUAAUACCAGAGAAGAAUUCACUUAGGCAGAUCUAUAACGGCUGUGCCAGGCUCUGCUUAAACCAAGAUAGAGUAUGUCUAGCAAGCACUGCUAUGAAGACUGAAAAUUGUGUGGCCAAAACAAAACUUGCCAAUGGCAUUUCCAGUAUGAUUGUGCCCAAGCAACAAAAGCUCUCAGUAAGCUAUGAGAAGGAAAAAGAACCAUGUGUCAAAUAUUUUGAGCAGCGGUCAGAGUCUGAUCAAGUGGAAUUUGUGGAACAUCUUAUAUCCCAAAUGUGUCAUUACCAACAUGGGCACAUAAACUCGUAUCUUAAACCUAUGUUGCAGAGGGAUUUCAUAACUGCUCUGCCAGCUCGGGGUUUGGAUCACAUUGCUGAGAACAUUCUGUCAUACUUGGAUGCCAAAUCACUAUGUGCAGCUGAACUUGUAUGUAAGGAAUGGUACCGAGUGACAUCUGAUGGCAUGUUACGGAAGAAGCUCAUCGAGAGAAUGGUCAGGACAGAUUCUCUGUGGCGAGGACUGGCGGAACAAAGAGGGUGGGGACAGUAUUUAUUCAAAAACAAUCCUCCUGAUGGGAAUGCUCUUCCCAAUUCUUUUUCUAGAGCACUUUAUCCUAAAAUUAUACAAGACAUUGAGACAAUAGAAUUUAAUUGGAGAUGUGGAAGACAUUUACGGAGAAUCCACUGCCAAAGUGAAACAAGCAAUGGGGUUUGCUGUUUGCAGUAUGAUGAUCAAAAGAUAGUCAGCGGCCUUCUAGUCAAGAUCUGGGAUAAAAGCACGUUGGAACGCAAGCAAAUUCUAGGCCACACGGGUUCUGUCCUGUGUCUCCCAUAUGAUGUGAGGGUGAUCAUAACUGUAUCAUCAGAUUCCACAGUCAGAGAAUGGGAUGUAAAUACAGGUGAGAUGCUAAACACGCUGACUCACCAUUGUGAAGCAGUUCUGCAUUCGCAUUUCAAUAAUGGCAUGAUGGUGAUGUGCUCCAAAGACCGUUCCACUGCUGUAUGGGAUAUGGCCUCCCCAACUGACAUCACCCUCUGGAGGGUGCUAGUUGGACACCGAGCUGCUGUCAAUGUUGUAGAUUUUGAUGACAAGUACAUCGUUUCUGCAUCUGGAGAUAGGACUAUAAAGGUAUGGAACACAAGCACUUGUGAAUUUGUGAGGACCUUAAAUGGACACCAACGCGGCCUUGCCUAUUGGCAGUACCAAGACAGACUGGUUGUGAGUGGCUCAUGUGACAACACUAUUAGAUUAUGGGACAUAGAAUGUGGUGCAUGUUUACGAGUUUUAGAAAACCAUGAGGAACUGGUGCGCUAUAUUAGAUUCAAUAACAAGAGAAUAGUCAGUGGGGCCUAUGAUGGAGAAUUUAAAGUGUGGGAUCUUGUAGCUACUCUGGACCCAUCUCCUGCAGGGACACUCUGUCUACGGACCCUUGUGGAGCAUUCUAGGAGAGUUUUCCGACUCCAGUUUGAUGAAUUCCAGAUUGUCAGUAGUUCACAUGAUGACACAAUCCUCAUCUGGGACUUCCUAAACAAUCCAGCUGCCCAAGCUGAACCCCUGUGCUCCCCUUCUCAAACAUACACCUAUAUCUCCAGAUAAAUAAUCAUACAGUAACCUCAUAUUUGCCCAGGACUCAUUAAAGUUGCGGUAUUUGACAUAUCUGCCAAUACCAGGAUGAGCAACAACAGUAACUAUCAAACUACUACCCACUUCCCCAGACUAGCCGAGGAGUGGGGCUCUGAGA